AUACGAGUUCACCGCAUCCCGUUAUUAAAGUGGAAAUUACUUCAAAGAGUUUUUGGCAUGGCGGCAGUUUAUUCUUCGUCAAGGUUGUUUCGUUAUUUAACGAAAUCUGCUGGGUUUGUGAUAUCCAGAAAGAAUGUACACGUACAGCCAAUAUCAGGUUACAUUGUAAAGGCAACCAAGACAGAGGGUAAAGAUAAAGAUGUACAGACCAUAACAGUAGAUGCAAAGGUGGACAUCUCUCCCCUGAAUGGAGUUCCUGAAGAGCAUGUCAAACCGAGGAAGGUCCGGAUCUUCGUCCCAGCUCAGAGCGCGAUGCAGUCCGGGACACACGACACCCGCAGCUGGAGAAUCGAGUUUGACCAGCGUGAGAGAUGGGAGAACCCGCUCAUGGGUUGGACGUCCUCGGCUGAUCCCCUGUCAACGUUAAAUGUGGACUUUAAUACAAGAGAAGAUGCCAUGGUUUUCUGUGAACAGAAUGGUUGGGACUAUUUUAUAGAAAAUGAACAUAAAUCUAUCCCGAAACAGAAAUCUUACGGAGCUAAUUUCUCGUGGAAUAAGAGAACAAGAGUGUCAACAAAGUGACUGGGUGUUAUCUUUAGAACUAGACUUAUUAUUUGUGUUUAAAGAUGAUCAUCAUUUCUUCAUAUGGCUGGAAUGCGGAGGGAAGACUGCUCACACAGUUACAAUUAUUUAUAAUUCAUUUGCUAAAAGUUCUGUACUAUGACACCCUAACCACAACUUUUAUAAGCUGUGUGAGUAUAAAAUUUCCAUGAUGUGAACUAUUUGUAAACUGUUUCCUCAUUGGUAAUGUUUGUUUUUGUUAAUUUUUAGUUCUGUUGUUCUUAAAAAUUAAAAUUUACGGCAUUAGCUUCUGGCCUGGUGCUUUUAAAACUUUCAGUCUAGACUCCGAGUCUGAGACACUAAUGUCAUGACAACAUCAUACAAAUUGUAUGUGUGUGACAUCAUUAGAGAUGGAGUCUGGACUCUAAAAGUUUUAUAAGCACAGGCCUAGAUCUAAAUGUUUAAAGCAGUGGUUUAGAAUCAGGCCAAUUUCUAUACAGUUGUAGUAACCCUUUGUAAAUAAACUCUGGAAAUAC